CUGCUCGAUGAGCUGAACCUGCAGCAUGUGCACGACAUAAUGCGCGAAGCGAAGUCGGCGGAAAUGCUCAACUAUAUGAACAGAGAGGCGGCACCCUGCGACGACUACUUCGAGCACGCCUGCGGCAAGUGGGCGAAAAUCAAUCCGGCCAAGGAAGUGCUCUCUGAUCGCUUUGACGCCUUGGAGCGUGGCUACCAGCGACGUGCUCGGCGUCUGCUGGAGCAGCCUAAGAUGAGCACCGACAGCACUAUGGAGUCGCGCGUCAAGUACUUCUACGAAUCCUGCCUCAAUAGCACCGCCUUACAACUGAACUAUCGGGCGCAUUUGGUGAGCGUGCUGGAAGAGUUCGGGGGGCUGCCCGCACUCAAGGGCAGUGAGUGGGACGAGUCCAAAUUCGAUUGGCAGGACGUCAUGACACGAAUUUUGCGCGACUAUGGCGUGACCACACUGUUGGACGUAAGUGUGGGCGCCGAUCUAAGCAAUAAUAAAGUGAGCCGAUUGUACUUGGGGGAGCUGGAGGGAUUGGUAAGCAGCGAGGCUCUUGCCUACUACGCCAAUUACAAAGCAAGCAUGGCCACGGAACUGUCGCAGAUGCUGGGAUUGAGCUCCUUGGCGGCUAUGGAAACAGCCAGCGAGAUUGUGGAUCUCGAGUUUGAGCUGGCACGCGGAAUUUCCGAGCCGUUGGCCGGUGUCAGCAUGGAGGACAAGACGCGUCUUCGAAUGCUGGACGAGAUGAGUGAGUCCUACAAGCCGCAAUUAAAUUUUACGCGCCUUGUUAGCCUCUGGCUUGGCCUAGAAUAUCAGCUGCCAGUCUACGAGCAUGUGGAGAGCUACCUAUGGAAUCUUCGCAAGCUGCUGCAGAAAACGCCCAACCGCGUCCUUGCCAAUUACAUGCUAAUAACAUUAUUGCAGAAGUUUAAAAUCGAUGUGGAGCCGACGGCGGACCAGCAACGGCAGUUGUGCACAGAGAAAACAACCGAACACUUUCCCGACUAUAUGGAUCGAUUGGUCUACCGCUCCCUAGAGCUGGACAAUCCCCGCAUGCCGGCCAGCUUCAAACAGCUCUGGCUGCAAUUGAAGACUGCCUUCAGCGAGCUACUGGAGUCGCCGAGCUCCGACUGGCUAAGUGAACAGACACGGACCGCUGCUGUAGCCAAACUUAAGGCCAUGAACUUUCGCAUAAGUGGCGCGGAGACGGAGGAGUAUGAGCAGGAAUAUGCCUCCCUGAUUAUAAGCACCGACGACUACUUUGGCAAUAUACGGCGCAUUCUGAAGCUGCGUGCCGAGCAACUAAUAGCAAGUCUGGCCAAAGCACCUAGUCUGUCAAUGUACCAGAGCAAUAAUCAGUCGCCCCUCUAUGCCGAUGAAUUCAACUAUGUACUGAUUCCAGUCAGCUUUAUGCAGCAGCGUUAUCUCUGGGACGAUGUGUAUCCGACAGCAUUGAAAUUUGCCACCGUUGGCUCCAUCAUCGCACACGAGAUGGGCCAUGCCUUCGACGAUACUUGCCGUAAAAAGGACAGCCAGGGCAACAUCAAGAACUGGUGGGAUCGCAAUUCGACGGAAGCGUUCGAACGGCGCAAAACCUGUCUGAUACAGCAAUUCAGUGAGCUCAAGUUUCGAAAUAAGAGCAUGGCGCGCUCAAAUGCACAGGGCGAGAAUAUUGCAGACAAUGUGAGCAUCCGGAUUGCUUAUGGCGCCUACACCCGUUGGCUGGAGACGGAGCCGGGACUAACAAACACCACGGAGAGCCUACCCCAUAUGACAGAAACGGCGGAGCAGUUGUUCUUCCUGGGAGUGGGACAGUUGUGGUGUGUUGAUCAUAAACGUGACCAGCAUUCCAUGGCGACCAUCGGCGACGUUCAUCCGCCCGAGCAGCUGCGACUCUACGCCAUGUUGGCCAACUACGACGAGUUCGCCUAUGUCUACCAGUGUCGCGAGGGCUCCAAAAUGAACCCGCACGACAAGUGCGUUAUGUACUAGUGUUCCUGGUCUGUCGGCAGGGCUGUAACGCGGCUUGGACUUAAUUACACUAGUUUUUCAAAUACUCGUAUAAUUCCGUUGUAUUAAAUAAAUUCCGAUUCACGUA